GGGAACCGGCAGCAGGGCAUCCUGCGCUGGGAACGGGGCAUCCUGCACCGGGAACCGCGAACGGAGCAUCCUCCACCGUGCGCUGGGAACCGAGAGCAGCAGGAGCGGCUCGUUCUGCUCCGGGAACGGGGCACCGGGAACGGGGCAUCCUGCGCUGGACAGUGGGAAACAGGGCACUGGGAACCCUGUUCUGGGCAUCGAGACCUGGCAUCCAGUACCGGCAGCUGGGCGCACAGCACGGGGUGCCGCGUCUGGAUGCCCAGGGCAGGAUUCCCAGUGCCCAGUUUCUGGUGCAGGUUGUCCUGGCAUGUCCUAGGAUGUUCCCUGGCACUGGGAGCUGGACACCUGGAAUGAAGCAUCCUGUACUAGCACCUGGCACUGGGAACGGGGCAGCCAGACCUGGCACCCUGCACUGGGAAUCAGACACUGGGAAUGGGCACCCUGCACUGGGAAUCAGACACUGGGAAUGGGCACCCUGCACUGGGAUCCUGGUACUGGGAAUGGGCACCCUGCACUGGGAAUCAGAGACUGGGAAUGGGCACCCUGCACUGGGAUCCUGGUACUGGGAAUGGGCACGCUGCACUGGGAUCCUGGUACUGGGAAUGGGCACCCUGCACUGGGAAUCAGACACUGGGAAUGGGCACCCUGCACUGGGAUCCUGGUACUGGGAAUGGGCACCCUGCACUGGGAUCCUGGUACUGGGAAUGGGCACCCUGCACUGGGAUCCUGGUACUGGGAAUGGGCACCCUGCACUGGGAUCCUGGUACUCAGAACUGGGCAUCCAGACCUGACAGCCUGUUCUGGGAACUGGGCACCCAGCCCUGGUGACCACGCACUGAGGAUGUGGCAUCCUGCACCAGCACGUGCAGAAACAGGAAUGGGGCACCCAGCACUGGGCACCAGACAAUGGCAAUAGGAGAUCCUGCAAUGGGGACCUGGCACCAGGAACUGGGCACUGGGAACCUUACAGUGGGCAUUCAGACCUGGCACCCAUAACUGGGAACUGGGAACUGGGAAUGGACACCUCCUGCUCUGGAAUGUGGCAUCCAGCACCGGGCAGCUGGCAGCAGGAGUCAGGAGUGGGGACCUGGCACUGCACAGCCAGACGUGGCACCUGGUACCAGGAACUGGACACUCAGCACUGGGAACAGGCACCCUGUGCUGCAGACCCAGCUCUGAGAAAUGGAAUGGGGCAUCCUACAAAAGUUGUCCAAACACCAGGAAUCUUGCAGUGGACACUGGGCACCAGGAGCUGGGCACCUGGAACUGGGCACCCUGUGCUUGCACUGGGAACUGGGCACUAGGCAGCCACACUGGGCACUGGGAUUCAGGCACUGGGCAGCAGGAUCUCUGCAGUAGGAACUGGGCACCCAGCACCAGGCAGCCCAGUCUGCCCACGGGAACCCUGUGCCCGUUAUGGGGUGCCCGUUAUGGGGUGCCCCAUCCUGGAUUCCAGAUGUCCCAGCUGCAGUGGGCACUGCUGGGAGCAGAGCAGUAACUGGAGAGCCUGCACUGGGAAUUAGUUGCCACCAUUACCCCAGACCAGGCUGGAGGUACUGGGAGCCCCGGUGGGGGACUGGGAUGUCCUGCACUGGGAACUGGGCAGGGCAUACUGGGAGCCAGGUGCUCCUUGCUGGGAGCUUGGGAGUGUCCCAGUGGGCUCUCAGCACUGGGACUGGCUGCCCCAGACUGGGCACCAGUGAUGGUGCAUCUGGAUGGGUCUGGGUGCCCAGUAUGGCACAGCUAGGUGGCACUGGCCACCCAGUAUGGCAUGGCCAGGCAGGCAGGACCGGUUACCCAGUAUGGCACAGCCGGAUGGAACUGGGUGCCCAGUAUGGCAUGGCCUGGUAGGACUGGGGAUGGACUGGGCACCCGGUUUGGCACAGUUGGCCACGUCACCAUCGCCACUGGCUCAGUGGCCACCAGUGCCCCCAGAACAGAGCCCAGGCACAGCCAGUGGAGCCACGGCUGUAUGGGAGCCAGGGUGACCCCAGGGUGUCACAUUCUGGGACCAGCAUGUUCCCAUGGGCGUCAUGUGCCACACCGGCGUGUCCUCAGGGGUGUUACACACCGUCCAGGAUGGGGCUGUCCCCACAGGUGUCCCAUCCCGGCCCCAGGGUGUCCUCAGGGAUGUUCUAUCCCAGGGCAAAUACGUCCCUGGGGUAUCACAUCCCAGGAGUGUCACAUCCCAGGAGUGUCACAUCCCAUACUGGGAUGUCCCCAGGAACAUCCUGCUGGCACUGGGCUGCCAGGAUGGGGACCCUGGAGAUGGUGACACAUCUCAGGGCGAUGCCACUCACGGGAUGAUCUGUCUCUCUGGUCUAAUUUUGUCUGGUUUAAUUGUUCCAGGAGCAGGAAUGCCAGGACCACCCCUGUGUGGGAGCACCGGGACCGUCCGUGUGCCAGCCACUGACAGGAUUUUGUCUCUGGCAGGAUCAGGGUCAGAGCUGGAGGAGAAUGGGAAGAGUGGCAGCAAGAAACUGGACACCAUGACCCUGAUUAAGGAAGACAUGGACAUCUUCGGGCACUGCCCUGCGCACGACGAGUUCUACCUGGUGGUCUGCAACCACUGCAGCCAGGUGGUGAAACCCCAGGCCUUCCAGAAGCACUGUGAACGCCGGCACGGCCCGCUCAGCAAGCUCUACGCCCGCGCCGCCGCGUGCCACGUCGCCGUGAACGGGCAGCCGGUGCCCGGCAGGACCCCCGGAGCGGCCAAAGCCCUGCAGGAGAAGCACCCCGGUGCCCGUGGGAGAGCCCAGCCCCUCCCGGAGCACACGGACAAGGACAACAACCUCUGCUUGUUUGUGCCCGUGGUGAACCUGGAGAAGAUUCCCAGCAUUCCCAAACCGGACGGGCACGGGAUCAAGGUGCCCCCCAAAGCCGUCCCCACCAACUCCAAGGAAUCCCUGGGGAAACCCGCGGCUGCCGCGGUGCCCAAAGAGCCCCCGGUGCCCGCCGGGGUCGGGGGGGAUUCGGCCAUGCCGGAGAGCAUCCCUGCUCCGGGGGACAAGGAUGUGGGGGCCCCCAAACCGCCCCCCAGGUCCCACAGGAAGCUGGCGCGGAAGGAGUGUGACCUGAACCGGCAGUGUGGGGUGCGGAACCCCGACACCAACAAGCUCUGCACCCGCCUGCUGACCUGCAAGAUCCACUCGGUUCACCAGCGCCGGGAGGUGCAGGGUCGGGCCAAGGAUUUCGAUGUGCUGGUGGCCGAGCUCAAGGCCAGCACCCGCCGAGGGGACCCCCCGAAAGACAGGAGCCCCCCUGAGAAGGACCCACUGCACCCUGCCCUGCAGGACACCCCCCCACUGCUGCAGCCCCCCAGUACCCCUCCCUGCCGAGCCAGGCUGUCCCACUGCUUGCACCCCCCCAGGGCCCGACUUUCCUCUGCCAGUGACCCUGAGGAUGCCCCGGCCACCUCUGGGGAGGGGAGCAUGGGAAGCUUCCCCCUCCCCCUGCCCAAGGGGGACAGCCGCGUGUCCAGCGAGGAGAGCGAGGAGGAGGUGGGCGAGGAGCCCCCCCGGACCCCGGCGCGCCCACCACGGCCUCAGGCGUUCUGCACCUUCGGGAGCCGCCUGGUGACCCCGGGCUGUUACGUGUUCGACCGGCGGCUGGACCGGUUCUGCGCCGCGCUGGGCUCCAUGCUGGAGCAGCACCUCAGCGCGCACAGGUGGAGGAAGAUCCCUCCAGCCGUCGUGCCCCCUCUUCACCUCCCCGCAGCCCCUCCCAGCCCCGCUGCCCCCCUUUUCGGCCCUGCCACCCCUUCCCCGCCCCUGCGGAGCCCCUCGGCGGCCGGGGGGUGCCGGGUCCCCACCAGCCUCACCUACACCGUGGGGUCCCCCCCGGCGGCGGCCGCCUGCAGCCAGCCCGAGUGCGGGGGAGGGGGCACGCAGUCCAUCACCUCUCCCCUCCCCGCCAACACCCCCUCGCCCUCCUUCAGCAAACUGCCCCCCGGCAAGGCCAGCAGAUCCCCGCGGGCACGGGAGGCGCCGGGGAUGGACGCGGAGCCCCGGCCCUGGCAGCCCCCCAGGGCCGGCAGCCCCCCCUACAAACGGACCUGUUUGGGGGACAGCGGCAAAAAUCUGGGCUUGGCUCCCCCCGGCAAGACGAAACUCCCGGCCCCGGCUUCGCCCUCCGUGGCCAUCCUCAACGGGACCCCGAGGAUGCGCCGGCUGCCCCCCGGCCCGCCCUGCCGAGCCCCCCCCGCCGCCCCGGACCCCCCAACGCCGCCGCUGCCCGGGCUGGGGGGCGACCCCCGGGGGCUCUCCGAGGAUGAGGUGAAGAAGCGCAAGAACGCGGCCACCUAUUGCCGAGCCCUGAAGGCCAAAGCCGCCCCCGCCCUGCCCGGGCCCCCCCCGGCACCCCCCGGCCCCGGCAGCUCCGGCUCGGGGGGCUCCAUCCGCAGGAAGAAGCCGGGGACGCCCCUGGGCUUCGAGGAGAAGAGGAGCGCCCUGAAGUCCAAAGCCCAUUAACAGAGGGGUCACCGGGGGCCCCCCCUGUGUCCUCCUCACCCACCUGGAAACGCCAGAAAACCGAUGAAGGGGGGAAAAAACAUCCCAAGGAAACACGAAGGAAAAAAUCCCAAACUUCCAGAAAAUACCUCAAAACUCUCAGUUCUGUUCUCUUGCUGCUAAACCAGCCCCGGGAGGGGGGGGCGGCACUGGGGACCCCCCGAACCUCCCGGGGCCCCGUCGGCCGCGGAUAUUUAUAAGAA